GGCAACUGAAGCUUAACCCAUCAGGUCCUUUGGACUGAAUUGCUUACAAGCUAUCUGGAAAAGCAACCAACUCAAUGGAAAUUAUUAACCCGUACAUGGAUGCAGAAUAGUAAAUAAAUUUAUAUUUUGUUUUUCAAGUGAAUAGCUCAAGAGGAUAACCUACAAUCCUGGCUCCUUCUAUAGCACUAUUAGCAACAAAUGUUUCACAGUCCCUCCCUGUCCAAGAAGCAGUUUUUCCACAAAGACCAAUGUUAAAAGGUGUUUUUUUUUUUUGUACUUCUCCUGAGUGCCUGAACAUUAACUUUGAAGAGUAAAUGUUUAACUUGCCUCAUGACAAUUUUCAGAUACCAUCUGUUAAUCAUAUUCCUGGCUUAUGCAUCAUUGCUUUUGGAGACAUUAUGGAUUCAUAAUAGAGAAAAGAUAAUUUUGACGUCAAUUUUGAGUACUAUUGUAUUGCAAUUUCAAACUGGAACAGCAAGAGGAGGAGAGGAGAGAAAUCACCUCCAGACUUAUUGACAGGUCAUCUGAGGAUGGGAGAAAGCUGAAGACAACAACAAACAGAAGCUCAGAGUUGGAGAGAGGAUUUGGGGCUGACCCACACCUGAGCAAGAAUUCCCAUCUUCCAUAUUACCAGCAAGUGAUCAUUCAGCUUCAACUUAAAGGGUCAGCCUAGUCAAGAUCAAGGAGACGUUGUGACAGAAGGCUGGCACCAGAUGAUGGUUUCUUUUGACCAUGCCAACUCAUGAAGCCACCUAUUAAGGUCUGGAGGGGUUGUGAUCUCCAUCUAUGGAAGGGCAUUCUCCUCUGACUGAAGAUAUCAUCAGUCUUUUAUAAUAUCAGAUGCGUUAGUUGAGGACUGCAAAGACAAGGAUAGAAAUAUGCCUGAAUGAAACAGUGGUCUGUGAGAGAUGCCCUUUGCUGUCUUGGCCUCAAGGUUUAAUCUCUGGAAUACGUUCUUUCUAACAAACCUUGGAUUAUACUGUACUUCAUCUGGCAUCUCUUCUCUUCAAGCCACUUCAAAACUAUCCACUCUCAUUAGUACUCUUUUCAUCUCUGUUGCUUGGGUAAAAAGAUGGCCUAUCAAAAGGUGAAUGCAGAUCAGAGAGCUCCUGGACAUUCUCAGUACUUGGACAAUGAUGACCUUCAGGCUACUGCCCUUGACCUGGAAUGGGACAUGGAACAAGAACUGGAAGAACCUGGUUUUGAUCGUUUCCAGCUUGAUGCUGCUGAGAACCAGAACUUGGGGAAUUCAGAUGCUACAGAUCUGGAUCUUGAUUCCAUUCAGCCAGCUACAUCCCCCAAAGGAAGAUUCCAGAGACUUCAGGAGGACUCAGACUACAUGAGCCGUUACCCAAGAACGAUGCCAAAGAACAGCUACUGUAAUAUUUUCCGCUUCUCCAAAAUCUUUUGCACUCUGACCCUCUUAUUUAUUUUGGGAAUUGUGAUUGGAUAUUAUGCACAUACAAAAUGCCCUUCGCAGGAUCCACCUCCAGGACGAUCAGAUCCUCAGCUGUACCAAGAGAUCCUCAAGGAGAUCAAAGCAGAAGAGAUCCAGAAGCUUUUCAGGUAUUUGAUACAAUUGUCAAAGCAUGAAGAUGACACAAAGUUUUUGGAGAAGCUCAAAGUUCAGUGGACCUCUUAUGGCCUAGAAGAAGUACAGCUUUUCAAUUACUCUGUCCUGUUUAGCUUGCCGGGCUCUUCUCCAAAUACGGUGACUCUGAAGAACAGCAGCCAAUGCUUUUAUCCUAAUGGCCAGCCAUGUGACCAAGAGCCCAGAAAGGAUCUCAGCCAAGGACUGCUGUACUCAUAUGCUGCCUACUCUGCCAGAGGAACUCUCGAGGCUGAAGUCAUUGACGUGAGGUAUGGGACUGCAGAAGAUGUAAGCCGGAUUCGAGUUAUGAAAAAUGUGACCAAUAGGAUUGCCCUCUUAAAACUAGGAAAACUUCCUCUACUCUAUAAGCUUUCGCUGUUGGAAAGAGCUGGGUUUGGAGGUGUUCUUCUUUAUGUUGAUCCCUGCGAUUUACCAAAGACCAGCAACCUCAGCCACAGCUCCUUCAUGGUUUCCUUGAAUCCUGGAGGAGAUCCUUCUACACCUGGUUAUCCCAGUAUUGUUGGAAGCUCCAGAGAGGACCGAUCUGACCUCACGCAUUUGCUCGUGCAGCCCAUCUCUGCCUCUCUUGUUGCCACACUGCUCGCUUUACCCGAGGAGAAGGACCAGCCACCUGCCUGCAGGGCUCUGCAGCUCCCAAGUCAGGAAAUCAGAAUCGUCACAAUGAAAGUUCAGACGGUCACUGAAUACAAGACACUGACCAAUGUUGUUGGUUAUCUCAAGGGCGCUUCAUUUCCUGAUCGGUAUGUCAUCGUGGGCAGCCACCAUCACAGCCCUUAUGGUUACAAUGGACAAGAAUGGGCCAGUGGGACUGCCAUUAUUACGGCGUUCAUCCAGGCUUUGAUGUUAAAAGUGAAAAGAGGCUGGAGACCUGAUCGGACCAUCAUCUUUUCCUCAUGGGGAGGAACGACAUUUGGCAAUAUUGGUUCCUACGAAUGGGCAGAGGAUUUUAAGAAAGUGCUUCAGAGAAAUGUUGUGGCUUAUGUCAGUCUUCAUAAUCCUAUACGGGGUAACUCAAGCCUGCAUCCUGUAGCAUCUCCUUCUCUUCAACAACUGGUCGCAGAGAAAAAGAAUUUCAACUGCUCCAAGAGAACAAAGUGCCCAGACGCCAACCUCAGCUCUGUGCAGAUGCCGGGGGAUGGGGACUUCUUCAUCAACCACCUUGGGACCCCCAGCUUGCAAGUUGUCUAUGAGGACGUCAAAGCAUUAGAGGGUCCAAGCUUUCUUUCCGAGGCUCUUUUUCCUGUACGUGCUGCAGAAAUUGAAGAAUUGGACCCUUUCUUCAACCUUCAUGAAACCAUUACUAAGCUCUCAGGAGAAGUGAUUUUGCAAAUUGCCAAUGAUCCCGUUCUGCCCUUUAAUGCUCUGGAUAUAGCAUUAGAAGUUCAAAACAGCCUUAAAGGUGACCAACCCCACAUGGUCCAGCUGCUGGAAAUGGCUUCCCGCCUGAGGGACAGUGCAGAAUUGUUCCAGUCCGAUGAGAUGCGCCCUGCUAAUGAUCCCAAGGAGAGAGCCCCCAUCAGAGUCAGGAUGCUGAACGACAUUCUCCAAGACCUGGAGAAGAAUUUCCUAGUGCAGCAGGUGCCUCCAGGGUUUUACCGAAAUAUUCUAUACAGACUGGAUGAGAAGACCCACCAGUUUUCCAUACUCCAUGAAGUUUGGGAGCAUGACAAAUUACAUCUGUCAAAUGAGACCCUUCAAGCAGCCCUAUCCAAGGUGCUGAACAGCAUCAAUUCAGCUCAGGUUUACCUCAAAGCAGGACUUGAUGUGUUUGAGAGUGAGUUGCUGGGAAAGAACUGAGAAAACUCUUAGCAUUUUAAAUGUUUACAAUUCAACAAGCAAAAGCUCUAGUCUGACCAGGAUUUCUGUGAGGUUAAAGGCUUUUUUAAAAUAGGUUUUCAACUUGUCUAAAAGUACGAUUGUGUUUAAAAAUGUACAUAAAAAAGAGCCUUUUGCACAUUUAAUAUUUUUCAUAUGUCUACAUUUUGAAAUGUGUAAGACCAAGUUAUAGAAUUAACACCUAAGAUUUAUCUUUUAGAAAGAAAUCUACUGUAUUUUUAUAUAUGCGUUGAAAAAAAUACUACAUUUUGGGGUCCAAAGCCCCAAAAGUUCUGGACAAUCUUUGCUCCUGUGGAUGAAACACAUAGGAAUGUUAUUUAUCUCCUUCAUGUAAGCACUAUUAAUGACCCAAUUUCUAAAAUAGAAAUGGAGAAUUGAUAAAGUUGCAGUUUAAUUUCAAUGGUAAGUGUUUUUAUGAAGAAUUCAGCUGUUUUGACCAGUUGACCAAAAACUCCUUUGAAUGUUUCUGUUUGUGAAAUGAAGUGCCUGAUCUUAAAACAACUAGAUGUAGUAAUACACUGGUUCCAAACUAUAGUUUUCAAGUGUUACCAAUUAAAGAGCCAUAAAUAGUCCAGGGAAACGCUUGAGGUAUAUCUGAAUGGAGCAAUUUAGAUGCAAAUUUUCCUUAAUAAGGUAUUUAGUAACUGGCUUUGAACUUUCUUAUUGGCCUCAGUUAAGUUUGUAAGAAUGUGAGAAAAGGUAUGGAUCUUUUGAGAAAGGAGAACUGGGAGUCUUGAAUGAAACCAAUGUGACCUGGUGUCUCCCUUUAAAAGAAUUCAUUAUUCAGUGUUCUUCUUAUUUUAACUUGAGCAACACUGUUGUGAGGCAUUUUCCCCAAGAACAAGUCAGAAGCAUUUCUAUAGACAUGAAGACCAAGUUUCUCUUGGAUAACAUAAAUAUUUUAGAAAGAAGAAAGUUGUUCUCUCCAUCACUAAAGAAAAAACAAGUCCUUGGGAAUGAGCAUGUUUGUUCUGACCCAGUGGAAAUUAUAUUAAUUUUAAUGAAGGAAAUCUUGGUAGUGGCUCUCCCAACCUCAUCUGACCUCAAUAAUGAUAGUAUUCGGUGCUGAUGACUCCAAACAUGACUCUGGACAGGAGAAUGUAAUUUAGGGUGCUGAGGUUCUGGUAGUAGCUCAGUGUGGGAAAUGGAUAAGUUUUAUAGAUAAGGCUUAUCUUUCCUUUCCCACUUCCUCCCACUCUUUAAGAGCACCUUCCACUUUGCCCCAUUAUAGGAAAUGCAAUUUUAUAGACAUAUCUGGCUAAAGAUGAGUUUAACAUCUCCUGAAUCUAGUAUCCUCCAUAAUCUCCUAUCAGGUAACACUUUAAACCUCUACAGUAUUUUCUAGUCUGUUUGAAAAUUGUAAUUCUCAUAUAAGAUAAACUGAUUCCAUUUGUAAAACCUAUUUUCAGACUAUUUCAUGUCAAUUUCUUAUGCCUAAUGAAACACCCUUGUUUCACAAGUCACUUUAUAUCAGAUAUCUAACCCUCAAAUUUCCCAUUCUAGCAUUUUGUUGGAUUCAUGAUCUUGGAAGCCUAUAUUUUGAUUUCCUAGCCUUUAGUUUUUAUUUUUCCAUUAUUUUUAGGUUUAAAAACAAAACAAAACAGAAUCAUGAGAAGGAACUAAAGCUUAGUCUCAAUCAUAGUAAAAUAAUAAAUGGAAGGAAGUGGUGUAGGUCAAGAUGUCACUUCCAUAAAGGCCCUUUAUAUCACAGGAAAAACAAAUUUCAACAAACAUUUAUUAAAAGCCUACUAUAAAGACACUUGAGAUGUAAAGGCAAAAGUGGAAUAAUCACUACCUUUGAGGAGCUUAGAAUCCAUUGAGGAAAUACAGAAUUUGAGGUGGUUAGCCAAAUAGUUCAGUCCUGCAAAGGCAAUUGCAAAGUGAAUUAGCCCAAUGGAUCCACUUUAUUCUAAGAAUCACUUCCUCCCUGCAAACAGUUUUCUAAAAGUAUUCCUUUGGAAAUGUUUGUUUCUGCCAUAUUGGAGGCAUUUUCCAUAGGGAAGACCUGGAGGCUUGCCAAGUCAGGUUCCCUCCUUACAUUAUCUUCACUUCCUUUUCUUGUUCUUCCAAGAUAAACAUUACAGCACAGGGGGAGACACAAGCUCAGGACACCUGGGGCCAAACAGCAAAGAACAUUUUAGAAACACUCUCUUUGUGCAGGUAUUUCUUAAAUAUUUAAUCAAGUUCCAGGGCAACCUUCCUAGUCUUUCUAUAGGGAAGCAGUUUUUUUUGUUUGUAUUGUUUUCAUUUUGUAUUUCAGGUUGAAAGUAUCUCCCACUCUGGACUCAUCUCUAAAUAAAUGUGUUAUUCCUUUAAA